CGUUUUCUAAAACUAUUUCGUGUCCUUUCUUCGUCUCCCUCCUCCGCGGGCGGCCAGGGGACAAGAAAAGAAACCGCCUCUGCUCUGCUCGUACCAUCGUGGGCUGCCCGCCCCGUUCGAUUCCCCACGAGUUUAGAGGCGGAGUUCCGGGCGACCCCCCGAUUGCUUGAUUCCUGCACCCAUCUGCGGUUUCUUGCUGAUCGACGAGACUGGGACCUUCAAAGAGCAACAGGACUCAUGGAGGCUGGAGACGCAGGAAACGGUUCUGCAGCAGCGGCACAGAUAAAGGGAAGUGGGGAUGAUGCCUCCUGCAAACCGCUGCCUCCUUGCUGCGUCAAGGCCAAGGCAGGCGUGCCUGAAGCUGAGGCCAAGUGCCAUGAUACCGUUGUUUCGGGCUGGUUCACUGAACCCCGGUCACGCUUCGGUAAAACAAGCAAAGUGCAGUACUACAACAACCCUAUGUGGCCUGGAGAGGCUCAUUCACUGAAAGUGGAGAAGAUUUUGUACCAAGGGAAAUCGCCCUACCAAGAGAUUUUAGUUUUUGAGUCUUCAACCUAUGGAAACGUUCUUGUGCUUGAUGGUAUAGUUCAGUUGACUGACAAGGAUGAAUGCGCAUACCAGGAAAUGGUUACUCACCUUCCACUGUGCUCAAUUCCAUCACCAAAAAAUGUUUUGGUUGUUGGAGGUGGUGAUGGUGGUGUACUGCGGGAAAUAGCCAGACAUGAUUCAGUGGAGACUAUUGAUAUAUGUGAGAUUGAUCAGCUUGUUAUUGAUGUUUGCAAAGAAUUCUUUCCAAACUUAUCCAUGGGGUUUAAAGAUCCUCGUGUCCGACUUCAUGUCGGUGAUGCUGUUGAUUUCUUGAGGGAUUCUCCUGAAGGGAAAUAUGAUGCUAUUAUUGUUGAUUCAUCAGAUCCAAUUGGGCCAGCUCAGGCACUUGUGGAGAAACCAUUUAUUCAGACAAUUGCUAGAGCUUUAAAGGCCGGUGGUGUUCUUUGUAAUCUUGCUGAGAGCAUGUGGCUGCACACACAUCUAAUCCAGGAUAUGCUCUCUAUAUGUCGUCAGACAUUCAAAGGUGGUGUGCACUAUGCCUGGACAAGCGUUCCAACAUACCCCAGUGGUGUCAUUGGAUUUUUGCUAUGUGCUAAAGAAGGUCCGCCAGUGAACUUCUUAACUCCUGUGAACCCAAUUGAGAAAAUACAAGGAGCUACAAAAGCUGGAAAGGAACUCAGAUUUUACAAUUCAGAGAUUCAUAGGGCUGCUUUUGUUCUGCCAACAUUUGUAAGAAGAGAACUGGAAUCAUAUGAUACUAGUAGUACUUCUACUGAAAAGGAGAACCCAAAAGAAUCAGUUUCAAAAUCGCAGAAGAUAAAGAUUUUGCCGAACAAUUCCAUUCUUACAGCUUCCUAAGCUUGAAUCAUACUCAAUCUACCUCUGAGUUCUGACAGAAAAAAAAAAACAGUUGCUGAGAAGUGGCGCGGCGCCAGGAGUAUAAGUAUAUACUGGGUUUGUGAGUGAUGACUGAUUGAAUAAUGGGUAAUUGAACUGCUGUGAUGCCUACCGGAAUAAUGUGUUUCCCCUUUGUUUCAUGUGUUUGGUGUGCAUAAUUUCCCAACUUGGAACUUGUAAGACCUGUUGAUGUAAUAUGGGCCAUUUGCAUAACUGCCCUCGUUUUCACCUCUUACUGCA